AUGAAUUCUCAUGUUUAUCUGACAAAACACUAAAUACAUGAAAUGUUUAUAGAUUCAAAUUAAGCUUUGGCUUCUCCUUCAUUCGUUGAACCAAAGUCUCCUCAAGCAAAAGAGGUAUUUUAUUUUAAAAAUAAUUGCUUAGAAAAGAUAUUUCUUCCAUGAAGAAGUUAUAAGUCCAUCUAAGAAAGACGAUAAGUCUACUGAGAAUUGCUCAAAUAGGAAGAUUAGUUAAGAUUCCAUUUUCGAUUCGAAAGUAGAGAUGAAAUUAAGUAAUGUUUUAAUCUUGACAGAUUAGCUAAUAAUUAAUUAUGUUUCGUGAAUUUGAUAGAACAAUAGAAUAAGGAUAAGGAUAAAGAAACAAUUAUAAAAUUGCAAUAACAACUCUUCUAAUAAUCUUAAUUGGUUUUAAGUUUAUAAAGUAAAGUUAUCAUUCAUUUAGAUUAAAUAUAAAUUUUGAAAGAGUCUAACAAGAAAUAACAGAUCAAUAUUUCUGAACUUCUUGUUUAGAUCAGAAAGUUGGAGAAGGAGAAUCAAUUUUAUUAAGAUCAAUUAUUAAAAAAUAGAUUGAGCUUGUAAGAUUAAAUCAAAUAGCAAUAACAAAUAAGGAUAGAUAUAGAAAAUACAAAAAUCUAAUUAUUAAAUAAGGAUUAGUUGAUUGAGUCUCUUCAUUCGUAAUUAUCUACCUUUCGUCAAGAACAAAGUAAAAGUAGAAUUGGCAGAAGUCCCAAUAGAAUUGUUGAAUCAAUAGUGAACUGUCAUCAUCCCUCAAUCUCUUAUAUCAAUUACAGAGUUGCUCCUCAAAGAUCACAUUCUAGUAAUAUAAAGAAUUUUUGA